CCAUCAUUGCUUGGACAUGCUGGGCCUCGCACACCCAUAAACUCAGGUCCACUGCCAGCGUCUUUCCGCUCAAACUGUACAGCGGCACCGACUCACAAACCGGCUCGACGAUGGACCACAAAUCGUGAACACCCAUAACGUCCCCAAAAUGCGUUUAACUGAUUUAAUAAAAAGGACGUUUGUAGAAAACGUGAAAUAUAAACAACACAAAACAGGACAACGACGCUGAGUUUUCAAAUAGUGGCGCCGUUGGACCGCGUCCCAAUUCGUUGAACAUCUCUGUACUACGCUACUACGCUGCCUUGUUGCUGUAUUAGUCGUCACAACGUGAAAAAAGAAGGGAUUAAAGCAGAAGUUUCCUGACGCAUUUCUGGAUCCAAAAAUUCAACCACUACUCGAAUUUGACUGGCACACAUAUCUGUGCCACAAGAAAAUGGAGCUGCGUGGUGAAGCGUGGCAGUACUCCAGCAGCCUGAUGUGCUUUCUGAACGGCCUUCUCCUUGGUAAUGAGAAGGAUCUUGCCGGCUGGGCUAAGAAUCAGUGGAGUUUCUCUUUCACUCGGCCACAGGCUUUCUAUAUGGCUCUCACUGAGGACUACUACACCAAACACCUGCGGAACACUGGGCAUCAGUUUGUCUUCAUGGAUAUUGAGAUAGCAGGAGAGGCAGUAGGGAGGUUAUUGUUUGAGCUGUUCUCAGAUGUUUGUCCAAAGACAUCAGAGAACUUUGAGGCUCUGUGCACAGGAGAACGUGGUCUGUCACAGAGUGGCUUCCCACUUUCCUACAAGGGCUCUGUGUUUCAUCGUGUGGUGCCCAAUGGCUGGGUGCAAGGAGGAGAUAUUUCUCCAGAGAGGAGAGGUGAUGGAGGGGAGUCCAUCUAUGGACCAACUUUUGAAGAUGAGAGCUUUGCCGUGUCCCACAUUAGACGGGGCACUCUAGGAAUGGCCAAUAAGGGUCCCCACAGCAACGGAUCGCAGUUCUACAUCACCCUGCAGCCCACACCCUGGAUGGACAGGACCUAUGUUGCCUUCGGCCGUGUGGUUGAGGGUGUUGACAUCCUCAAGAAAUUAGAAGGAGCUCUGACUUGCAAUGAAAGACCCAAGUAUGAAUGUAAAGUUAAGGAUUGUGGAGUGUUUAAGUUUUAAGCUUAGUGUUUACAUUUUU